GGCUUCAAAAUCUACUCUCCACUCCCCCAGACCUGCGUUUCUGCUGGUGCCUCCUUGUGGAUGAAUUGUCGAUGUAUUGUCGACUUAACCCGCAUUCCACUACUGCUGGACGAUGCCACCAUCAACCACAUCCCCAGGCGCCAAGCCUCUGAUAUGUCAAGGUGUGCGAGAAAGGAUUCUCCAAGGCUGAACAUUUGAGGAGACAUGAACGUUGCCAUACCGGAUCUAAGCCGUUUGUCUGCAAAGAAUGUCGUCGUCCAUUUGCGCGCCAAGAUGCCCUGACCCGCCACGAGAAAUUGCAUACCCGCGCCGCUGCGACCAAGCAAGCACAGGCACAGCAGUCCUUGCAGGUGCCUCAGGUGACCUCGUUGGACACUCUGACCUGGGAUGCUGCUCGAUCACCGGCCGAAGCUGGGGUGUCAACGUCCGCAACAGACCAGCCAUGGAUGGCAUCUGAUGCUCAUCAGGCGUCGGGGUUGCAGGGCGUAGCCUCAGACCUCGACUUUGCCCUAAUAUGGCCCGACUCCGAGAAUCUGUUCCAGAGUAUCAUGUCCUCGGAUUCUCCGGACCAGUGGCAGAUACCUCUCGGAUCUCUCCCUAUCCCUCCAGUCGUGCAGGAUGUGAGCGGUAUGAAUUUUGGCUCACCCAACUCUUUCGAUGACCGAGCCUCUUCUAUCGGCACGAUCCCCUCGGGCGGGAGCCAUCAGGCUGUCCGGGAUGUUUCGGACAUGGUGACAAGCUCGUCCUCCAGCGUAACCGCUGCGAUAAAGGCGACUUCGAUCACAUCUGUAUUUCUGGAUGAAUGUCUACACAUGUUCUUCGUACGAUUCAUUCCGACCUUCCCGAUCCUGCAUCGAGCAACCUUUGUUUUCCGCGAUUGCACCCAUCCCCUACUGCUAAAUGCUAUGGCCCUCGGGUCUCUGUAUCUCGGCCCCAAGGACUCAGUCGCGAAGUGGCAAUCGUUGAUCACUCACCGCGGCCCGUACGACGCUUGCAACGGCGUACAGCUUCUGCUUACUGCUCUUUUGGGACAGAUAUAUGGGGCCUUGUCCAAGAGUCGAGCCAUUCGCACUACCAGCCAGGUUUUCCGUCCUCUGGGCUUCUUCUGGGCACGACACUGCGGCAUGCUAGACAGUGAACCCUUCUCUAUAGAGGACGUUCCAUUCCCCAAUACCCCCAGCUCCGAGAAAGAUCGCAAAUGGCGAACAUGGGCUGCGCGAGAGAUCCAACAGCGAGCCCUGCUAGCAUACUAUAUCCUAGAUGGACUCGUGGCACAGAUGUCUGGUGAUGGAGCUUCCACUCGCCACGUCGCUAACCCGCUCACUCUACCCAGCAGCGAGGCUGCAUUUGACGCCAAUACUGCUGACGAGUGGUUAACGCACAUGCGCUCUCAAAAAGCAGAACAACCCUCCUUCCGACUCAUCUUCCGCUCCCUCUUCCCACCAACAAGUAGCUUCCGAGCUCUCGACUACCAAUUAUCCGCCUUUUCACUCCGUGUAAUACUCGAAGGCCUCCAAUCCCUCGUCUCUGACUCAGACGAGUGCGACCUCGCCGCCGUUGGUGUCCCCGGCCGCUCAGAUGUCCGACGAGCCCUCGCCCAAGUGCACGAAACAAUCACAAUGAGUAUCCACCUCUCUGCCCCGGAACGCCUCGAGGUCCUCCUCCGCUGGCAUACCAUCUGCCUCGACACCAUGAUUAAUUCUACCGUCCUCUGCCGCCACGUCUGCACCCGUUACGACAUCCCGCAACAAGUUUCUGGCGGUUCGCGCACCCUCCGUCCAGGCUUUGACAUGCUAAAUUGGGUUAACACCGAAGACGCCCGCCGCGCCUUACUCCAUGCCAUCGCCAUACAAGACAUAAUCGAACAACUACCCCGCGGCCGUGCCCACGUCAUCCAUAUGCCCUCUUCGCUUUUCGCCGCAGCAACAGUCUACGUUGUCUUCGCUCUCGCGGGUAUAGCGAAUAUUCAUCUCCCGCGCACAGUUGUAUGGCAGGACGCGCUGCUUUCGCAUGCGGACUUGAACCUCGGCUGUGAGUCUGGAUUCCGGCCAUCUACAGGCUCUGAAACGAGCCGGUUUGUAACGGAGGGAAGGACGGAUUCUCCACCUGGGGUUGCGGCGGUCCGCAACCUUCUUUAUGAGAUGAAUUCGAUGCAGAAGCUGUUUCGGUGUCUAAUUUCGCAGUGGGGUAUUGCGCAUGAUAUGGAGGAGAUUGUCAAUCAGUGGAUUAUUUUAUGUCAUUAG